AUGUUCUCGUCAUCCCAUUCUGCGCUUACCCACGGGCUGAGACGUAUGUUUUCCGGGUGCUGCUGA